GGACCGUGUCACUCCAGACCGGGGAGUGUGAGUCUUUAUCUGGGUUCUGUUUCCUCCGUGGGGCACCAGGUCCUGGGCAAGAGAACUUGGCAGGCUCUCCCCAUGGCGGUCUUAUUCCUCCUUCUGUUCCUAUGUGGCCCCCCGCAGGCUGCUGCAGACAAUAUCCAGACCAUCUAUGUAGCCUUGGGGGAGCCAAUGGAGCUGCCAUGUCCCGCACCACCCACUCUGAGUGGAGACGAACUCCUGUCCUGGUUCCGCAGCCCUGCAGCAGGCUCCUCCACUGCCCUGGUGGCCCAAGUCCAAGUGGCCAGGCUUGGGAGGGGGCCUUCCCCAGAGCCUGGGAAGUCUGUAAGGGCAUCCAGGCUCAAACUGCUGGGGAACUACUCUUUGUGGCUGGAAAAGUCCAAAGAGGGAGACGCCGGUCGGUACUGGUGUGCUGUUCUGGGUCAGCACCACAAGUACCAGAACUGGAGGGUGUAUGAUGUCUCCGUGCUCAGAGGAUCCCAGCUAUCCACGAGGGCUGCGGAUGGAUCCCCCUGCUCCGUCCUUUUAUGCUCUGUGGCCCCUGCCAGACGCCUAGACUCUGUGACCUGGCUAGAGGGAAGGGGUCCUGUGAGGGGCCAUGUACAGUCAUUUUGGGGCGAUGGGGCUGCCCUGCUCUUGGUGUGUCCUGGGGAACAGCUCUCUGAGUCCAGGGAACAUAGACCAAGAAUCAUCAGCUGCCUCAUGCCUCAUAACAAAGGGGUCAGCUUUAGCCUGGCAGCCUCCAUGGAUGCCUCCCCUGCCCUCUGUGCCCCUGCCACGGGCUGGGAUGUAUCCUGGAUCCUGAUGCUGUUGCUUGCAGCAGGUCAAGGGUUCACCAUCCUGGCCCUCAGCAUCAUGCUCUGGAGACAGAGGGUCCAGAGGGCUCAGUGCAGAGAUGCCUCGAUUCCUCAUUUCAAACCUGAAAUCCAGGUCUAUGAGAACAUCCAUGUGGCCCGUCUCAGCCCACCUGCCCACAAGAUCAGAUGAUCUCGAUGACAUCUGCUGGGAAGUGUGACCUGCUGUCUCUCCAGCCAUCUGGCACCUGAAAGAUUCGCCUGAAAACCCUGGCAAGGGGGGAGGGGCUGAGAGUGCUACUUUACAGUCCAGCUGGUCUCCAGCAGUCAAGCUGUGUGUGUGUGUGUGUGUGUGUGUGUGUGCACGCGCGCACGCUUGUGUGUUGGGGGGGGGUUGCUGAAGGAAAGGAGAAGCAUUAUCUUGUGACGUCACCUAUGAGAAAGUGUGGUCUCCUGUUUUAUAAUAGCCAGUGAAGGGGUGACCCUAAGUGCCCAGUCCCAUGGGAUUGAGGGGAGCCUGGGGUAGGGGGCAGGGGGUGUGGAGGGGUGGGGAUGGACAGAGAGGAGGCAGAAGAAUCCAGAGACUUGAGCAAUGGUGGAGUAUCAGUCUUGGGGAAACCAAAGGAUAAAUGGAGGAAAGUGAAGAAGAGAGAAGGCAAGGACUCAAGUAAGAGGAAGAGAUGGACAGAGAGAAACAAAUGGAAGCAUCAAGUAGGAGGAUGGAAUGACAGAGAGAAUGGGAAGAAGAUUCAGGUGGCCUCUAAAUUAAGUCAGACCACCCCCCACCUCCAGUCCCUCAUCCCUGCUCAGUCUCAUUUUCCCAGAGAAGAAGUUGAGGGAGAACAGGCACCUUUAAUCAGACCCCAGACUUCCUUGCAUGGAAGGGGAGGGCACUGAGUCAGGAUGAGGGGUGGCUGUGCUGGGCCCCCACCCUGAGCCACCCUCCUUAUCCUAGCACUUCAUUGUGGCAUCCAGAGUGGCAGAGGCUUAUCAACAUCCUGACAUCCUGGGAGCUCCAAGAGUCCCAUGGUAUCUCCCUGGGGAGAGGGAGUGUCCGCAAGGGUGGGCGGGUGGAUUCGCUGGUGGGGUGUGUAAUUGGGCCCUGUGUGCUGGGCUGUCAGUGAACCCUGGACAAGUCUGGGCUGGCCAAGCAGGGAAGGGCAUUGGUGCUCCCAACUGGUCCACUCCCCGGUCUCAGGCAGAAAGGAGCUGGACUCCCAGCCACAUCCUUUUGUGUGCUCAAGCUUGGACCUCAGUGGAGAAAAGCUUUCACAGGAGUGUCACCAAAAGCCUUCAUGCUACAGCAGCUUAAGCUGACCUGUUAGCAAGGAGGAGGACGGGAAUGACACAGAUGGAGAGUGAGGUGAAAGUUAGGGUUCUAGUCCCAGCACCCCAACCAAACCCACCAAGCAGCUAUAGUUUGCUUUUAGAGAGCACACGCACAUACACACCACACAGAGCAGUGUCCUAGACUCACAAAUAGCACUUUUAUUAAAUUUACUCUUCAUAGUUCCCCAAGAACCUCCUUCCUGAGUUCCUAACCUGCCAAAUUAAUCUUUCCUAGCAAGACUGUCCUCCUCACCAUACCUGGUGCCCCUUCAAUCCCCGUGCCUGGGACCCACAGCUCCAUCAAAACACCUGCCUUGCCCAAGACCUGGAGCUAAGAUAGAGCAUCAACAUCGGGCAACUAGAAAAGACAAAAGGCAUAGAACAGGUGUUCUUUACGAGGCUGGGCUCUGGGCAGGUACCUAUAGGGGUUAGAGCAGUGCCCGUAGGAAUCAGGCCUUGGGAAGGGUCUGGGAAGGUAUUGGGCCAGAGACCUGAGGUCUCUUCAGAAUCAGGUUCUUGGGCAUAUCUCAGAUGAGGUGUUUCCAGGGUGGUGGUGAUGGUGGAGGAGUCCUGGUUUGAGGCUAGUGGAGGAGGUGGGCUCCCCACAUGAAGCUGGCCACGAGGAGGAGCAGGGUGAUGAGGAGGGGGCUGGGGAGCCGCUGCAGCACGGUGGCUGUGUUGCACAGGUUCUGCUCACAGCAGUGGUGCCGCAGAGCAUAGGAGCGUGACCAGUAGGUGGCAUGGCCCUGCAGAGGGCACUGGGCCCUUGGGAGGCAGCCUUUCCGCUCGAUGAUCUCGCUCUGCUCUGUGGGACAAAGAGGGAAUGCUGAGGCCCGGGUAGGAAGGAGGCAAAAACUGUGUGGGGGGCAGCAGGAAAAGUAGGAUGGAUGGAUGGAGAUGGGCCUGGAGUAGAGCCAUGGGACCAGAGUCCUACCUGAGGUGCCGAUACUGAUGCCACAAACUUCGUCAUCCUGACACUCGGUGAGAACAGGAUAGCAGGGUUUGCUGAAGCUGCAGGUGUAACAGCGGAGCCGUCCCCGGGUGGGGGACGUGGUGAGACCUGGGGGGUCAGCAGAGAUCAAGACAGGCAAACAGGCCAGUGAGAGGCUCGAGCCCAGACCUGCGACAGGGAUUCACAGAGAGAUGUGACACACAAAGUGGGAAGAGGGAAGUGGUGAAAGGGAGGGAGGAGGGCAGGCAGAAGUAGAAAAAAAGACACAGAGGAGGGUGGGGGGACAACUCAGGAAAAGAGAAAGACACAGAAACCAGAGGGAUACAGAGGUUGUGAGAAGUGCACAGACAUGACAGAAGCCACGAGAGUCAGAGAUGAACGUGGAGAGUGACACAAAAUGCCAGACCGGGGAAGGCAGGGUGGCGGUAAAGAGGUUAAGUGAAUGGUGCCACAGACAAGAGCGAAUUAAGAACCGGCACUGACACUGACCAAGGGACCCAGUAAAGAAGCAAAAGAUGAGAUAAAGGACAGGGGAGACAGAGGUCAGAGGCAUGUCCAAGAGAUGCUGCAAGGAAGAGAUAGUUAUUCUCAAAUGUCUUCGGAAAGAAACUUCUUGUUCCACCUUCGCCUGGCCUGAGGCCAUUCCCGGUAGCUCUUCCUUCUAACGCCCUUACAACUCUCUUCUCCAGUCUUCCCCGCUUCUCCCCACCGGCCCACCCUUACCCAGUGCCCCACAGAGGAACAGGAGGCACAGACAGAUGCUGGAGGUGCCCAUGGCUGGACCCAGGGCUCAGGAGUCUGGGAGAAUGUGAUCUGCACCCCGAGGUCCCGAGAGUUGGAGCAUCUGAGUGAGACAGGGAGGGACCAGUAAACAAACACACCUAGGGAGUGAAUCUGGGGGGCGGGGGUGGAACCAGGACCAGAUCCACCAGCGUGACGUGGGAGGGUCCUGGGCCUCUGCUCUUGCGUCCCACAUCUCUCACAUCCUCUCUGCCCCCUACUUUAGUCUGUUCCAGUCUUCAGGGUCUUCUCCAUUCUGUGUUUGUUACUCUUGGCUGCGUCUGCCGCUCCAGAGUUAUGUCUGUCACCUUCCCCCUCACUCCUCCCUCCCUCCCCUCCUCUCAAGCUGUUCUCCGCUCUGUCAACUCAGCUCCCUGUCUUUGUUUGCUCCAUUUUUCCCCUCUCCAAGCAUUUGAGUCUCUCAAGGUCACCCUCCUGGAAGCCCUGACCCAGAAUGGCUCCAGUGUGGUGUUUGAA